CCUUAAUAAAUUCAUUCAGCCAGCGUCGUUUUCUUCAAAUCCGAAAAUUUUAUUUAAUUUUUCGAUUUAAUGGUAAAUUGUACUAUCUAUCUGUAAUUAGUUAUAUUCUUGUUUAUAUAUUUCAUCAACGAAUUUUAUUUACUUCGCAUAUUUUCAUUCUAUGAAUGAAUACACAAUCAUCUUCAUGAUUGGGAUAUGGACAUUCUAAAGGAAAAUUAAAAAAGGGCUAUUUACUUGUUUAUUUUAUUUAAUUUAUGAUGGAAAAUCCUCGGCCAAAAUGUUUUGUACCAAACUGUUAUAAUGAAGUUGGUGUAUUAUUUCCCAAAAAUCAAGUAAUGAAGAAAAAAUGGUUGAAUUCUUUAAACAUUGGAUAUAUGAAGCCAUCUUCAACCAGUUUUAUAUGUUUAGAGCAUUUUGAUGAUAAUGGCUCUUCAGGCACUUUACCCCAUGUUAUUAAAUCUAUAAAAAAGAAUGGAGAAUCCAAGGAAAUUACUAAAAAUGUCAAUACUAUGAAAGAACCUAAAGUCACUAAAGAAGAUAGCACAAUAUGUAACCAGAAUGAUACUGAGAGUCAAGGGUCAGAAAUUACUCCAAAAGAUAUUGUGCAUAAACAAAAAAAUAUAUCUAAAGAUAAUGAAGUUUUUGACUCAAUCUGUCGAUUAUGUAUGGCUCAAUCAAGUAAGGAAAUGGAAAAUAUAUAUAGUAAAAUUGACAAACACCAUAGUAUCGCUGAAGCAAUUAUCACUUGUCUUUACCCCCUUAAAGUAUCCCCUAAAGAUAAGUUAUCCCAAAACAUAUGUACAAAAUGCUUAGAAAUUUUAAAAGAGUUCUAUGAGUUUCAUCAAUUUUGUAUUGGUAUGGAUGAGAAACAGCGUGAAUUGAUAUCAAUGGACUAUGAAGAUGAUUUCAGUGAUAACUCUGAAGAUUCAUUUCUUGUGGAAUCAUUAGAAGAUUAUGUGGAAAAAACUGUUAAACAACAAUCCCCUCAAAAAUCUGAUAUUGACAAAAAAUUUGAGAAAGUUGAAGAAUUAUUGAAAGUUUUAGAAGGUGAUAAGAGUAGUAAUAAGAUUGAGAAGAAAAAUGAUGAUAAUCUCUAUACUGAAAAUAUUGUUAUUGAAAUGGUUAAUGAUGAGAAUGAUGAACCUCCUUCGCAAGUAGAAACUUUAGUAAAUAACUUGCCUAUAACUAUAAAGACUAUCUAUCCCAAUCUGCUAGGGAGGAAACCAGUCAAGAGAAAACUUGAAGAUGUCAAUAACUCUAAUAUUACAAUGAUAAAAACCGGAAAGGAUUCAAAUGAAGUUGUAGUUCUACCAAGUGGGAUUAAAGUAAAGCAAAAGUAUUGUUCCCCUGUUGGAGUAUUUGCUUGCAAAAUUGUGAAAUACUAUUUCAAUUUAGAAUAUGUCAAAGCAGCUGAAUGUUUAUACAGUACUAGAUUGACAAAGCAAAAUUUUAGAUAUUUACAUUGUAUAGCACUAAAAUGUCCUGGUGAAGCCAUACAAAGAAAAGAUUCAAGUGGAUCUGUUUAUAAAAAAGAGGUUGAAGUGAUUGUUGCUCAUAAUCAUCCUGCGCCAGAUCCAUUAGAAAGAAAGAAACAAAUUUGUUAUAGUAUUAUCUACAAAAAAAUGCGAACUGAUAAAAACUUUAACUACAAAGUAGCAUAUGAGCAGAUAACUAAAGUAGAUCCUUCUAUAAGAGAUACAAUACCUCUACGUAAAAUAAUGUGUGAUCUUUGUACCCCACACCCUGAGACCGAAUUACCAAGAUUGAAGUCAUUUGACGAUUUUUUUAGUACCAUAGAAAAUAGUAUUUACAAAAAAGUUCAUUUUACACUAAAUGAAAACCAGUUCUAUCAAGAAAAGUUCGAGAGUGGAGAUGGUGCAAAAGGAGUUGUAUUUGCUAAUUCCGAAGUUGUCAAUCGAUAUUCAGACAGCAAAAUAAUGUUUGUUGAUGCAUCAUUUUAUAUAGAAACUGAUGCUUUUUUCUAUCAAGUUCUCACAGUUCUUGUAUGGGUGUAUGACAGUUAUUAUCCUAUAGUAUUUGCCAUUGUCAAUGCAAAAUCCCAAGAACUAUACAAAUUCAUAUUCGACUUCAUAUACAACAGCUUAGCCCCAAAAUUAAGGCCUUCAGAAAUCAUUACCGAUUAUGAAUGUAAUCUCUAUUAUGCUUUAGGUGAAAUAUACUUGGAUUCAAGCAUAGGGGGAUCAUUAUUCUAUUAUACACAAAACUUAUAUAAGAAAGUGUGCAGUUUGAAAUUAGCAAAGGAGCUAGAACUGAAUUCUAAUUUCAGAAGCAUUUAUAACAUGAUUUUAAUGCUUCCUUUAUUACCAGUUAAUACUAUUUUGGAUGGACUGAAAAAUAUCGAAAUUCAAGCUAAAGAAUUGGACGUGGAUAGUAUUUCAAGUAAAUUGUUUAGACAUGUUUAUGAUGAAUGGAUUUGCAAAGUUACUCCAGAAUUGUUCUGUGUUCACCGACUAGAAAACCGAAUAAACGAGCAUAUUGUGGCUCCUUUUAAGAAAUUUAGGGAUUUAAUUAUGGCUGCAAAAAGUUCAAAGCAUGCCAGGUGGGCUGAUGUGAUGGUUAAUAUACCAUUAAUUCAUGUAAUAGAAAAAUUAAUUGAUCUGGAGAAUUUCUUGAGAGAGACCUACAACAACCCUAACUUGAAAAAAUCUUUUGCAAAAGAUUUGAGUAGCUCACAAAAGAAAAAUGUCUUAAAAGCAUGGCAGUAUAUAGAAGAACAUCCCAAAAUUAAUAUUAAUCAUUUCUUCAUGAAGGUUUUAGGAUAUAUUAAAUGCAUGGAGAAUCAGUUGUGGAUUUGGGGAUUUUACAGAUAUGCAUUAAAGGAUAACGAUCAAUUAAUAAAUGCUGCUAAUUUUUCCAUACUUAAUGAAGGUCCAGUUCGGAUUAUAGAGAGCAUAGAUCCUGAAAACGAGUCUCAAGAUGAAGACGAAGAAAUGGAAGGUAUAGUUGAAGAGUAUUUUAUAGAAGAAAAUGGCGAAAUUCAAAAGAUUGAAACAAGAAUGAAAAUGGUUGGGGAGGAUGAUUUUGAUGGCCAACAACAAACCCUGGAAAAUGAAAAUAAUUUCUGUGAAAUCCAAGCUGAAUUGCCAUUGACUACUGCAUUAGUUGAAAACUCUGAUACUGGGACAGACAACGAGAAAUCAUCAAUAUCAUGAACAGCGCAAAUUUUUAACAAAUAGUUUAUAAGUAUUUUAAUUUUCAAAUUUAAUCAUAAAUAUAGUAAUAUACUUACAUGA